GUCAGUUUGCAUUAUAAAGUGGCACCGUCGACGAUAACAUCGAUUUUAAAAAAAGAAGACGCCAUAAGAGCAGCGGAUGAAAACUCGAAAAAGAAGCGAUUCGCAAAAGGUGAGUUUCCUGAUUUAGAGAACGCUCUCGUUAAAUGGAUGAACCAGGCCAGAAAUUCAAAUGUGCCAGUCGGAGGGCAGAUUCUGAGGGAAAAAGCUAAGUUUUUUGCAACGAGAUUGGGAAUCUCAAACGAAGAUUUUCGGUGCAGUGACGGUUGGUUUGAUCGAUUUAAAAAGCGAAACAACAUAAAAUUUAAGGUGUGUGGCGAGAGCGCCAGCGUGUCUACCGAGCUUUGUUCUGAAUGGAAGGCAAAAUUGAAAACAAUAAUCCAGGAAUACGAAGCUAAAAACAUUUUCAACGCCGACAAAACGGGAUUGUUCUUCAAAUGCCUACCAGAUCGAUCCAUGUGCUUCAAGGGAGAAAAGUGUCAUGGCGGGAAAAGUAGCAAAGAGCGAAUUACACUUUUGUUAGCAGCAAAUAUGGAUGGCUCCGAGAAGUUAAAACCUCUAAUGAUCGGCAAGUCGGCAAAACCGAGGUGUUUUAAAAACAUUAACUCAUUUCCUAUGGCAUAUCGAGCUAACAAAAAAGCGUGGAUGACGAGCGAUUUGUUUAAUGAGUGGGUGACGUCUAUUAAUGCGGAAAUGGAAAAAAAGAAUCGUCGAAUCCUUCUUUUCAUCGACAAUUGUACGGCACAUAACAACCCUCCGCAUUUAAGUCAUGUUGCAGUCGAAUUUUUACCUCCCAACACUACAUCGAUAUUACAGCCAUUGGAUCAAGGGGUCAUAAAGGUGUUCAAAUCAUUUUAUCGAACGGAAAUCGUCCAACAACUCCUAGAUAGCUUGGAAGAAAAUGUCGAUCACAAAAUCUCGUUAUUAUCAGCCAUGUACAUAGCUGAUAAAUCUUGGAAAAAAGUGAGUGAAAAAACCAUCAGAAAUUGCUUCAGGACGAGCGGAUUUAUAAAAGACGACAGUGUCAUAGCACCCUCUGAACCCGACAACGAAAUUGCGACUCCCAACGAAUGGAACCGCUUGACCCACGAUGACAAUCCUAUCACUUUUCAAGAAUUUGUUUCAUUCGACGAUGACGUAGCAGUAGCAGAAAUGCUUAGUGAGGACGAAAUUCUUAACCAAUUAGCAGACGAUGUGGAUGUAGAAGAAGAGGAAGAACCUGAAGAAGAUGAAGUUCCGAAUAUCAGUCAUAAAGAGGCUAAAAAAAUGAUAAAUCGGAUUCGUCAUUAUUUGUCAAGAUCGAACGUCGACGAUAAUGUUUUCAAUGCUAUUCACACCAUCGAUAUAGCUAUCGAUAACACUCGAAUUAAUAAUUGCGUUGUCCAAACAACAAUGGAAAAGUAUUUAAAAAAAAAAUAAACUUAUUUUCAUACAUGUAUGUAUUUUUAUGUAAUAAAACGUGUACAUAUGUAAUUACAUAUAUAUAACUUCGAUAUUCCGUAUUUUGUUUCAUUUAUACCCCCGAUUUAACAAAAUCCCGUUAUAGCGAACAUCCCGAUAUAUCGUAUUUUUUUCCGUCCCCUUGGAGAUACGAUAUACCGGGAUUCUACUGUAUUAAUAUAUACAGUUUAUACCAAACUUCAAAAUAAUUGUCAAUUUUAUUGUUUGUGUAAAUAUAAAAAUUUGUACAGUACCUAAUAAAUAUUUUUGUAAAAUACUUAUAUGUCCUUUCACUUCAGUAACAUCUAACUGUCCCUUACAAUAAGUAAUACCAACAAAGAAAAGUCCCAUUAAAAAGGAUUAAUUUUUUGAGAAAAGCUAUAAAAACUGCAAAUAUCUAUGUCAAAUAAAAGUAGGUAGAGACAGCCUGACAGCAUUGCGCCAAUUGGCGAAAGAAUCAAAAGAGGGAAUAAGAAGGGUCCAGCAAAGGUCAUAAACGUCCAGGUUGACUCUGUGCUGAACGUGUUAAUAUAUCCUUUGUUACUCAAAAUUGUUAACUUCUUAUUAAAUAUGUUAAAAUGAAUUUUAUGAAAAUUGUGUCCUGCAAAAUAGGUCUGAAAUAUAUUAAUAAAAAAGGGAUAAAGACAUCUCAGAACUGAUUCCAUUUUUACGAAAGGGGAUGUCAUUUAAAAUAGCAAGAUUCAAAAAAUAAAUAAUAUCCACAAAAAUUUCCACAAAUUCUUUUAGUAAUGGUGACGAUUUAAAAUGUAAUAUAUAUUUACCACACAUUUUAAUCAUACAUGGUAAAAACGAGGUCAUCCAGCCAUAACGGAUUUAUGUUUUAUCAUUAAAAUUUUAAAUCUGCGAUUAUUAAUAAAUUGAAGAUUGCUAACAUAUUACAAUGUUAUCUAAUUAUAAAGUUUCUUAAUAUAAAUUUUCUGUUAUUACAUGUCAGUGCAUAUGAUAUAACUACAUAAAGUCCUGGCUAUCACAGAUUCGUUACUUUUUAAUUAUUAGUCUAAUAAUAGUAAUUAGAAAAAAAUGCGUAUUUGUACAUCUUAUACAGACCACAAAACCAAAACUGAACUGUUACAAUAGCAUUUUCCUAUUGUAACUUUGACUGUAACUUUUUUCACAUUGAAUUGAAAAGA